AUGUCCCCGAUGGAUUGCUCCACUCCGGAUGAAGGGAAUGAUAUACAGAUCCUUUCCCGUCCCACUGAUUGGCUCGGCUUGAGUGCAACCAUCCCACCAUCAAAUACACCAACUCCAAAUGAUUCAGUCUUGGGAAAUUCGCCAAUAUCCACUCAGUUGUCGGCCCGCAAUCGAUCCAGUGAACCGUCUGUGAACCCAUUGACCCCGGAACAAAUCACCGAGUUCAUGUCUAAACCGACCAGCUCGUUGGAGGAAAAUGAUUCAAUGAGCAUGCCCAGUCGAAGACGCAGUCAUUCGCUCAGUGACAGGACAAAGGUGUAUCGCCGAUUUCUUCCGCACUCAAUCUCCGGAAAACCAUUUGUCGCCUUUUAA